AUGUUCAACACUUUUGGCUUCGGCUUGUUGCGGGUCGUCUAAAAGGCGAAGAAGCAUAAUAAUUGGCGACCAACCGAUACAGGAGCGUAUCAUAUCGAACAUUUCAGUAUUUGAUUCGCUUGCUCUCCUAUCGGAGGAACAAUCAACAAGCGUAACCAAGUCUAGUACGAGAACUCCUAUAUAGCGCCGACGUGGUCGUCGUGAAUACGCACUUAUAGCGUAUAGAAAAAUCCAUUUUAGUGACUAUAAAGAAAAUUUUAUGCUAAAUCAGUCAGAAAAGCCUUAACUGGAAUAAAACAAGUGACAAAUAGCAGAAAAUUUCAAGUUACUACCGUUAAUUAAACACAGUUCAAGAAAAAUAGCUAAAAAUCGAAAUAAAUAAUUAACCCAGAAAAGUGUUUGAGCAAAUAUAUAUGUACGUAUCUGCUUACAUUAUCAUAUAUCAUAAAUACAUGUACAUAGGUUCAAAUUCUAACAGUAAUUGAAAGAAACGCGAGAUAUUAAGUGCCAGGAAGUUCUAGUGAAAAUACAACAAAUAUUGAAACGCGUUCAAGGAGAAUUCGAAGUUUAAACCGAAAUCAAAUUUGACAGCAAAUAUUGACUUUUUCCAACUACAAAGAGCGUUGUCACUUCCUCGAAACCACGUGUGAAGAAUUUUGGAGGACACUCUGAGGCACCAAUUGCAUUUCAAGAGAGUUCUCUAAACAUUUGGAAUAUACAUACAUAUAGUCCACAGUCAGCCACAACAUUUACCGAGGCGACCACACACAAAUUAGCGUAAGGUUAGACCCAAGGUUUUGUGUAUCUUUGCAAUAUAUGUAUAUAGGAAGCGGCAAAUAAUUGGCAUAAUCAACGCAAUUUUCGGGAUUUUCAAUAGUUGCUAUUAAUUGGGUACAUAGUCAUUGACCAAAUAUAGAAAUCCAAAUAAAGAUAAUUCUAGUCACAGACUUAAGUUACGUUUACUGCCGAAAUAGAUUUUCUUAAGUGUGCCAUCGCGAUGGCUGCUCCAGCAGCCUGUACGCGUUUUUCCGACAAUUAUGAAAUUAAGGAGGAACUUGGCAAGGGCGCCUUCUCUGUUGUCAAACGAUGUGUUCAAAAAUCAACACAGUUUGAGUUUGCCGCGAAAAUUAUCAAUACAAAGAAACUCACCGCAAGAGAUUUUCAAAAAUUAGAGCGAGAAGCUAGAAUUUGCAGAAAGUUACACCAUCCUAAUAUCGUCAGACUGCACGAUAGCAUACAGGAAGAAAACUAUCAUUACUUAGUGUUUGAUCUUGUUACUGGUGGUGAGCUGUUUGAAGAUAUUGUUGCGCGCGAAUUCUAUUCAGAGGCUGAUGCAUCGCAUUGCAUUCAACAAAUCUUGGAGUCGGUUAAUCAUUGCCAUCAGAAUGGUGUGGUGCAUCGUGAUCUGAAACCAGAAAAUUUACUAUUAGCUAGUAAAGCCAAGGGUGCAGCUGUAAAACUCGCCGACUUUGGCUUAGCCAUAGAAGUUCAGGGCGACCAUCAGGCAUGGUUCGGUUUUGCCGGCACCCCUGGCUACUUAUCGCCGGAGGUGCUGAAAAAGGAGCCUUAUGGCAAAUCGGUAGAUAUAUGGGCAUGCGGAGUUAUUUUAUACAUUUUACUAGUCGGUUAUCCACCAUUUUGGGAUGAGGAUCAACAUCGUCUUUACUCCCAAAUAAAGGCUGGCGCUUAUGAUUAUCCAUCACCAGAAUGGGAUACCGUAACGCCCGAAGCAAAGAAUUUAAUUAAUCAAAUGCUUACAGUUAAUCCAAACAAAAGAAUUACUGCGGCUGAAGCGCUGAAGCAUCCAUGGAUUUGCCAAAGAGAGCGUGUCGCUUCAGUGGUACAUCGCCAAGAGACUGUGGACUGUCUCAAAAAAUUCAAUGCUCGUCGUAAACUUAAAGGCGCUAUUCUUACUACAAUGUUAGCAACCAGAAAUUUUUCAAGUAGGAGUAUGAUUACGAAGAAAGGUGAGGGAUCUCAAGUUAAGGAAUCAACGGACUCCUCAAGCACAACAUUAGAAGAUGACGACGUUAAGGAGGAUAAAAAGGGAAUUGUUGAUCGCAGCACAACAGUCAUAUCAAAAGAGCCCGAAGGCGCUUUCGAUCCACUUGAUGCUGUAUUGUUAAAACAAAUAAUACAAUCUAGAGCAAACGUAAUGGGACGCAAUACGCCAUUAUCAACAGCUAACGGCUUCAACAGUCCUUAUGAGCCCUCAUUUAUGUCGCGUUCGCAUGUAUUAAACACGGCGAAUUGCUAUACAAACGCCAACAACAAUGGCAGCAACAACAGAGCAAGCUGCAAACCAGCGUUGCAACAAGAUUGUAUUGCACGCAAUAGCGUUAAUAAUUUGUCCGUUGGCAACGCAAAAAUUUCUGGUGUGGGUAGUUACGCGUUACCAAAUUUGGUUUCUAGCAAUGACAUGUGUGCUGACAUCGUACAUGACGGCAAGUGCGUGCCUAAAUUAUGUGUAGCUGUUACAGAUGAUGGGGAAUUGGCGCAACAACGUCGAAAUACACGUUUUUCGAAGAUCGAGUGCCUAAAAGAACGUAUAUUACGCGUUUGUUGUUGUUGUUGCGUCUGCCACAAAAGUACUAAAAUGUAGUUACCACAUCAAAAGACGCAAUACGCAUGUACAUACAAGUACUUAGCAAUUGUCCAGCACACAGUGUUCAUUACAAAAACUAUUCAAAAUGUUGUUAAAGCAUUUGUAGGAUGAACGAAGAAAUUUCAAUUAUGUAAUAUUAUUUUUUUGAAUAAAUUUGUAUAAUUCUUUGUUGCAUUGGGAAACGAUUUUUUUAUUGCCUUUACAGUUAUUAGAAGAGUAUACUUUGGAUAUACAGGAGUUUGAGUUUAAGGGGUUAAUCUGGUUAGGAGUCCUAAAAAAUGAGGUUUUUCAAACUUUUUUCCUGAGAAAACUUCUAAAUUUAUUAUUCUAUGAAUUUCUACAUAUUAUCGUAACUUUAAAGAGUAUUGAGUAAUUAUUUAUUUGUAAAAAUAACAGUAUUUUACGGUGACCACUAUAUCUCUGAAGUGGAUCAUCUGAUAUGAAAAAAUCAAACGGGGUUUGUUAAAGUAAUGUGUACUCUUGUAAUUAAGCGCAGGAAUAUGCAAAACAUUUGUUUGACAAAAUAGCGCUUUUGAACAAAAAAAUCGAUUUUUUGUCAUAAUUUUGAUCUUAAAUUGUGUAUAAAAAAAAAAACAAUUUUUAACGUUGUAAAACUUUAAGAUUAAUCGGUUCAGCCAUUUCCGAGAAAUCUUGUUCACCGACUUUCAAAACACAUAUUAAGUAAAAAAACCAGGCGCCACACCGCCCUAAUACUUUCAAAUUCUCCGACGCGUCGUUACGGUUAUGCGUUUAAUAAAUAACCUUCGGAUUAACUUGAAAUUUUCAUACAUACUUGAAUACAUGUAUAUUACGAAAAUAAAAUCAAAAUAUGAUUUUUUUAAAUACUAACUAGAUUUAACACCUCAAUAGAAUACACCUGGUUAGGUGUUUUGUAUAGAAUAAUAGCUUUGGUAGCAGAUAAGAUUGAUUCAAAAUAUUGGAAAUUAAGCGUAAAGAAACUUUCGUUUUUAUAAGCUUUCGAGUGUUGAAUUGCUCUUGUAGGGCGUAUAAAGGUGGAGGUUAUGACAUUUCAUUGUGGUAUCCACAUACUAGUUUGUAUUGAAUUCUACUGUAUAAAUUCUUGUCUUUCAUAAGUAUUUUGUUUUUAAGUUUUCCUCAUAAAAACGUUGGGUCACAAUAUUUCAAAGCUACAUUAGCAAUUAUAAACACUCCUCGUCAAUAAGUUAGACGCACCCGUACUUACAAUAGUAUUCAGUUUAAAACUUUUAGUUUGGUUUCAAUUAAGUAAAAGUUAAUAUGCAAAAGCCUUGAUUGUGCAAUGAUAUUUCAGAGAUAAUAUUCAAAAAAUUAAAAAGUUUAAUUUCUGAGAUAUACGAACUUAAAGUAACUACUUUUUUAAGCUUAUUUAUAACUUUUAUUUUUAGUGAGUGUAAAUAAUAGACUUAUGAGGAUAAAGUGAAAACUAUUUUCAGUAAAGUGUACUGCUUCCUUUGUUUGCUAAAACUGCAUAUGUCCGUUCCGUUUAUGAAUGAUAGAGGGAGUCUAUGCAUUUUAGCAAAAAGUUGCUCCCAGCACGGGUAAUUGCUGCAAUUAAUUUUUAUACUCUCGCAACCUGUUGCACAGAGUAUUAUAGUUUUGUUCACAUAACGGUUGUUUGUGUCACCAAGAAAUAAAAGAGUUAGAUAUGGGGUUAUAUAUAUAUAAAUGAUCAGGAUGACGAGUGGAGUUGAAAUCCGGAUGUCUGUCCGUCCGUCUGUCCGUCCGUGCAAGCUGUAACUUGAGUUAAAAUUGAGAUAUCAUAAUGGAACUUGGAACACAUAUUCCUUGGGACCGUUAGAGGUUCGAAAAUGAGCAAAAUCGGUCCACUGCCACGCCCACAAAAUGGCGAAAACCAAAAACACAUUAAGUGUCAUAACUAAGCCAUAAAUAAAGAUAUAAUAGUAAAAUUUGGAAUAAAGGAUCGCACUAGGAAGGGUCAUAUUUGGAUGUAAUUUUUUUGGGUAAGAGGGCGUGGCCCCGCCCGGUUAUUUGUAUAUAUCUCGCAAACCAAUGAUGCUAUAUAAACCAAACUUCCUGCAGUCGAUUAUCUUACGUACCCCACCACACACCAUGAAAAUAGUUAAAAUCGGAUAAUAACCACGCCCACCUUCCAUACAAAGGUUAGGUUGAAAAUUACUAAAAGUGGGUUAACUCACUAACGAAAAACGUCAGAAACACUAAAUUUCACAUAAGAAAUGGCAGUUGGAAGCUGCACUCAGAUUUUUUUACAAAAUGGAAAAUGGGCGUGGCGUCGCCCACUUAUGGGUCAAAAACCAUAUCUCAGGAACUACUCGACACAUUUCAAUGAAACUUGGUUUGUAAUAGUUUCCUUACAUCCCAAUGAUAUGUUGUGAAAAUAGGCCAAAUCACUUCACAACCACGCCUACUUCCUAUAUACCAGAACUUUGAAGACGAUCUGAAUCGUUUACUUUACAAUAUAUAAAGUAAUCUUCACUAGUAUAUCGGUGCAGAACUUUGCACAAAUACUACGUUUACAUUGUGGCAGUCCCAUUCUAAAAAUCGCCAAAAUCGGACCAUAGGUUUUCAAGGCCCCAUAUAUCGAACAUGAGGACCUCGGUGCUUCUAACCUAAUAUUAGGGUUUCCAACUUUCAAUGGACUUUAUACAAUAUAUGUGACGAAUAUGUGGGUCAAAUUGUGUAUUAUAUAAUAUUAAAUAAAUAAAUUGCGAGAGUAUAAAAUGUUCGGUUACACCCGAACUUAGCCCUUCAUUACUUGUUUUCUUUAUCUUCCUAUUGCUUUCCUUCUUCAUAAAUGUCCCAUGUAAGACAGCCCCAAACGUUUUCAAUUACGUAAAAAUCCGUAUAAUAUGGUGACCAAAUCAUAACAUUAACGAUUUGACUCAAAAUAAAUGACUUAACUAAUAGAGCGAUAUGAAUCGAAGCAUUAUCUUUUUCAAAAAUCAAUGACAUAGGUACGAAGAGAUCUUUUAAUAUUAUAAUAGACAAAUUGACAUGUUUUUUCGAAACGCUCAAUUCAAUAAAAAUAUCAAUGAAUUGUUCCAUAAAAGAAUGUGAUGGGAUCCGGUAUCAUUAUCCACUUGCUAUAGCGGCUUAAACACACUUCUGCUCUUUGCGUAUGGUAUUCAGUGGUGGAUUUUUUUAUAAUUUUUAGACGCUUAAGAUAUUUUGCAUUUCUCAUUUUAAGCGGUACACUUGAAAAAUUUGCAUUUACUCCGGUUACGAACAUGCUUUGAACUUUAAUAUGAAAAUGGUUUUGGUCACCUAAAAACAUAUCUGGUAGUAAAUAGAAUGGGUUCUUAUAGAGAAAAAAUGGUACAUUAACCUAUGAGAAGCGGUGUAUAACGUAUAUUGUAUGCCGUAAUAGGGUUAUUUGAGUCAGAGUUGAAAGAAACUCCUGCAGCUAUUAUAGUUUAGACUAGUUAGUAUGUAGAUAAACAGCGUAAACAUUUGUGGAUUUCAGGGAGUAUAAACAUGCAGUAGUUGCACAUGUAAACUAAAAACCUAUACAAUAAAAACAAUACAGCACAAUUUUAAGCUUCAAUACGCCUUUUUCCUACUUAAUAUUUGUAAAAAAUUUUAAUUUCCCUUUUUCCCUAUGUAUGUGAAUUAUUUGUAUAUAGUUUUCUCACCCACUAAAAUAUGUAUUUUCAUUUUAUAACUAAAUCAUAUGAUAUGUAUUUGGAAAUGAAUUUAAGCAUGCUCGACAGAAUUGUAAAGGUAAAUCCCAAUGCAUUUUAAUUUAAAAAGUAAUAUAGACAUUUCCAAUAUUAAUAACAUUUUACAAGCAAGGAUGAUAAUGAUCCGUGAAAAAUUUAACAAUUUGCUGUGGUAUAUCUCCUUUCACUGAAUCGCUGAAGUGAUAAGCUUGACGCACUGUAUAAUCGUAUGACUAUUUGAAGCAUAUGCACUUCUUCUAACAACAGCGCGCCAUUCGUUAUUUGGCGCCAAUUGGAGUUACAAAGAGCAGUCAAAUCCUUCUCCAGCUGGUCUCUCCAACGGAGUUUCAACCAUUGGCUACUGCAUAAAACAUUUUCAAAACUAGAGCGUUUUCGUCCAUUCGGACAACGUGGCCUAGCCAUUCUUUUUAUUUGCUGGACAAUGUUAAUGUCGUCGUUUCACAUCGUUCCAUUAUCUGCGGUAUUCGCCGUUGUUCAAAGGACCAUAAAUCUUGCGCAUAAGCUUUCUCUCGAAAGCUCCUAGUGCCGUCUCAGCGCUCGUUGACAUCAUCCACGCUUCUGCAACUUUACUUUUCAAUUGCCUACUCAGUCCAAAGAAGCACCUGCUGGCGGAUGCGAUUCUGCGUUUGUUUUCUAGGCUGGCCUUGUUGUUGGUGUUGUUGAUGCUGGUCCCAAGGUAGACCCAAUUAACUACAAUUUCAAUAUUAUGACUGUCAACAGUGACGUGGUAGCCAAGACGCGAAUGCGCCGACUGUUUGUUUAAUGACAAUAGGUAAUUCAUUUUGUCCUCGUUCACCACCAGACCCAUAAGCUUCGCUUCCUUAUCCUGCUGAAACCUCGUUUGGUAGCGAACGGCUCGGUGUCGUUCUUGUGCACUAGCUGGCUAAAAUUAAGUAAGCGAUGGAUUGACCUAUCAAACAUAAGUUGAAACAACAAAUAUAACAAAACCUACCUAAUUUCAUAACGUUAUAUUCUGGCUAUCUCUGCCUCUCUGUUAGAUGUUUCCAACGGCAACCGUAAAUAGUAGAGUUAAAUGUCACAUUAUCCGCUCAUAACUAAAUAGCUUUCUGCUAGCAGUAAAAGUUAUUAUAAUUUUAGUGGUUUCUUUACACAGCUUGUUUCGUUGUUGAUUGAGGUUAAAUAUGAGUAUGUAUGUAUGUACAUACAUCAGUACAUAUAGACAAUUCAUAUUCAGCUCCACAGCAAUCUCACACAUACCAGUGUACAAACACGCAAAAAAAAAAUAUUGUUGUUAAACAAAUUAGUAAUAAAAAAAAUCAAAACAUUAACAAAAAAAAAACAAUUAAAUAAGAAAAAAGCAAAAACGUAAUACGAAAACAACAAAAUUGAAUGAGCAGUUUAGGAUGAACAUGUUUUUAACUAACUUUUCUCUCUUAUUUUUUGUUUUUUUGCAAAUUAAACCUGAACGAAUAUUAUGAAAUAAAAAAAAUAAUUCAACAACAUGUUUCACUGAUUGCAAUAAUUGAAAAUAAACUAAUUGGUCAAUUGAUUGAUUAAUUGAUUGAACGACUGAUAUUAGAAAUAAGGAUUGUCUGUCCAGCGAAAACUUGUCAACAAAUUUCAA